AUGGUUCGCUGGACAAUGUAUGGCGGUGUCAGUACACUUUUGACGAUCUCGAUCGUCGGAAAUGCACUCAGACAGCGGAGCAACUUUUAUUCGGCUUGUAUUUACUUAUCAAAGUCAAGUGCAUGUUUGAUGAUUUUAAUGAAUAUGGGAUUAUUCUUGACGCUCGUCUUUGGACAGAUACUUUUUCGUAUCUUUUUUGGACGGUUACGAGCCGUGGAGAUUGAACAUCUAUAUGAGAGAGCGUGGUACGCAGUUACGGAAACAUGUCUUGCGAUGACGAUAUUUCGAGACGAAUUUGAUACGAAAUUUGUGGUGACAUUUACAACACUAUUAUUCUUAAAGAUAUUCCACUGGCUCUGUCAGGAUCGAAUCGAGUUUAUGGGGCAAUCACCUACUGUUUCCUUGCUAUUUCAUGUGAGAAUGUUGGCAUUGAUGGAGAUAUUGUGUUCGGUGGACUCGCUACUUGUAAUGCAUGCUAUUAAUGUGACGCGGCAAAAAGGCGCAAAUAUGAUGAUAAUGUUUGCUUUCGAGUAUUCCAUAUUGGCUUCUACCAUUAUUGCUACGUUCCUCAAGUAUCUAUUGAAUGUUAUAGAUAUGAGACGUGAGGAGCCUUGGGAAAACAAGUCAAUCUAUGUAUUCUAUCUGGAGCUUGUGACGGAUUUCUUCAAACUGAUAAUAUAUCUCAUAUUCUUUGCCAUAAUACUUUAUCAUUAUGGCCCCCCACUUCAUAUAAUACGAGAUGUCUAUAUUACUUUUCGUUCUUUCGUUCAAAAGUGCGGCGAUUUGAUAAGAUAUCGUAGAGCUACUAGAAAUAUGAACGAACGUUAUCCAAAUGCAACUAGUGCAGAAUUGGAGCGACUGAGUGAUCGUACAUGUAUCAUAUGCCGUGAGGACAUGCCGCGACCACAAGCAGCGGGCUUUCCAUUUGGGAAUGGUGGUAUAGCUGCCAAUCCUAUUCAAGGCUUGCCACCUAUGAUGAUUCCCCCGGCGAUGCAAGGGGGGUGGCCAGCUAUACCUGUGCCAUUAAUGAAUGGAUAUGGUGUACAAGGAGCACCAGCAGCCGGAGUAGGGGGAGACGGAGGUAAUAUACAACCUCGCAACUCUCAGAAUGAGUCAUCCACUACUCAAACCCAGUCGAAUUCGCAAUCGUCCACAGGUCAAACGCAAUCUUCGUUUAAUUCAUCAACUCUACCACGUCAGUCAAUACAGCCUACGAUAUCUACAUCUUCAGCUACAACACUUCCAUUCAUCCAACCUCUCACAGCACUUCCUAAUGGGCUGAUACCUCUCUUUCCAACACAGCUUCGGAAUGGGGCCGCGUCUCAGUCAUUGGAUAGCUUAUCAGAAGAUCAAAUAAAACUAAUUGAGAGCGGUACUCGGGAAGGCCUCCAAGAACAAUUACGUAUUCUCCAGACAGUCAAUUCUCAAAUUGUUGAUCUUAUUGGAAUAUUAACGCAGACAAUCAGUGUUAUGCCCAAUAUAUCGUCAAGUGGUGGGAAUGAUAGCACCAAUAUACAAACACGGUCUCCAUUUGAAUUUGAUAACGUAAGGCGUAACGGAGCAACUGAAGAAUACAACAUUGACAGGAAGGGCAAAGGCAAAGAAGUUGCUGAGGGAGAACGCGGCAGCAACCCCUCUACGGGCGGUUCCGAAUAA